AUGAAGUCUCUUCAGAUACUAAGACCAGGAUAUCUCAAUAACCACCUAUCUCCUCCAGGCCUCCAUCUUCCAGGUUGUCCUCCCCCUGUAGAUGCCUAUUAUGAUUGGAGAAGAAGAGCAACCAUUGAGGAACCACGUUCUGCAUUUUCAGUGGCAAGAACUAGAUCAGCGCUGGGAGAAAGCAGAGGGCGUCGUGAAAGAGAAGCUCUCACGUUUGACGUAGAGUAUGUGAACAUUGGUGGCCAUUUUAACAAAACAUCCGGACAUUUUACCUGCCACUUCCCCGGUGCGUAUUACUUUGCAUUUACUGUGGGAAAGCACCCUCGUCGAGCGGUUUCAGUGAAGCUGAUGACGGGCAGAGGCGAGGUGCUGGCCAUGGUGUUCGACGAGGACAUGUCGCGGCGGAGAGAGAUGCAGAGUCAGAGUUUGCUGUUGUCACUGGAAAGAGGAGACAGUGUCUGGCUGUACAGUCAGCAGGAUGACGGAUAUGCCGUUUACAGCAACCAGGGAAGAUAUACGACCUUCUCUGGUUUCCUGGUCUACCCUGACGGCGAAUUCAUGAACAUAGACAGAACUUUCCCUUGAGAACCAAAGCCAGCAACAGUACUGAUUAAUUCAUAGUUUAGUUUUUGUACUAAAUUAGUUUUUUUUGUUUUUUUGUACCUCUUAACAUAGUACUAUUGUUAUGUGCUUC